GCAUCUAAAGAUAGGGUACCUCACAGGAAACCAGAUGCUAUUGGCUAACUUCGCAAAUAAAGAUGCCCUCAGAGAGGGGGGAACGCUAGCCUCUGGUGGAGUCUGUGUGGGGCUGCGUGGCUGCGAGGCAGAAGUGCCCUCCCGUCUGCCCAGGACCUCACCAUGCCCACCGAUUUCCCUGAACUGGAUCUAGAGAACUUUGUGUAUGAUGAUUCCGCCGAGGCCUGUUAUGUGGGUGACAUUGUGGCCUUUGGGACCGUAUUCCUGUCCAUCUUCUACUCCCUCGUCUUUGCGUUCGGCCUGGUGGGAAACCUGCUGGUGGUCCUCGCCCUCACCAACAGCCGCAAGCCCAAGAGCAUCACCGACAUCUACCUCCUGAACCUGGCCUUGAGCGACCUGCUCUUUGUGGUCACCUUGCCCCUCUGGACUCACUAUCUGGUCAGUGACGAAGGCCUCCACAACGCCCUGUGCAAGCUCACCACUGCCUUCUUCUUCAUCGGCUUCUUCGGGGGCAUAUUCUUCAUCACCGUCAUCAGCAUCGACAGGUACCUGGCCAUUGUCCUGGCCGCCGACUCCAUGAACAGCCGAACGGUACAGCACGGCGUCACCAUCAGUCUGGGCGUCUGGGCGGCGGCCAUCUUAGUGGCGUCCCCCCAGUUCAUGUUCACGAAGAGAAAGGACAAUGAGUGCCUGGGUGACUACCCUGAGGUCCUCCAGGAAGUCUGGCCUGUGCUCCGCAACGCGGAAGCCAACAUCCUGGGCUUCCUGCUGCCCUUGCUUCUCAUGGGCUUUUGUUACUUCCGCAUCAUCCAGACGCUGUUUUCCUGCAAGAAUCACAAGAAGGCCAGGGCCAUCAGACUCAUCCUGCUUGUGGUGGGGGUGUUUUUCCUCUUCUGGACGCCCUACAACAUCGUGAUUUUCCUGGAGACCCUCAAGCUCUACGACUUCUUUCCCAGCUGUGACGUGAAGCGGGGCCUGAGGCUGGCCCUCAGUGUGACGGAGACAGUGGCGUUCAGCCACUGCUGCCUCAACCCCUUCAUCUACGCCUUUGCUGGGGAAAAGUUCAGACGGUACCUGCGGCACCUGUACCGGAAGUGCCUGGCCGUCCUGUGCGGUCGAUCCAUCCACCCCAGCUUCUCGCCUGAAUCCCAGAGGAGCAGGCAGGAGAGCAUUUUGAGUAGCUUUACUCACUACACAAGUGAGGGAGAUGGGUCCAUCCUGCUCUGAAGGGGCCUCCCCAGCCCUGCCUCCACAGAGCCCAGAGUUCCUGCAUCAGACUGUGCAAUGAGGACAUACUUUUUUUUCCAGAUACUUACAGAUCAACCCAACAGUGUUUUUUUGUUUUUUUGUUUGUUUGUUUGUUUGUUUGGGGGGGGUUGGAGGGUUGGAGGGGUGUGUUUUUUUAUUUUAUAUUCAAAUUGUGAAAGACACACAUUUCUCUUGAACAUUGAGGCUCACAAGUGACAAAGGUUCUAAGCAGAUUAAGUUGUGAUGGGGUUGGUGAGUGUUUUCUUGAUGGUGAGGCAAGGGGUUGACUAAAUCCCCAGCCUGAGGGGAAACCAAGGUCCCAUACCCCAUUCUGACCUUCAGGUCUUUGUGUACUGACAGCUCAUCCAGGCCUACAGUUUUAUCAUCAGAGAAAGACCUCCUCGCUCUCUCAUUUCCAGGUCAGCCUUCCUAGGAAAGGGCUUCCAUUGGCUGAGGGUGUCCUGUGCCCAGCCCUUGACUAGGUGGUAUUGAAAUAAAAUGGCUACCUCAGAUAUUGUUGGAAGCUCAAGGUCAGAGACUGAAGGAGGCGUGCUUCUAAGAAGCUGAGGGUGAGAGCCACUGUGAAGAGUGAGAACGAGGGGGGCUCACUGCCUUGCCAUGGGGCCCACCCAGGCUCUCACCUAAGAAACUAGCCAGCGUCUACUGCCAGCUUCUCCAUCAAGCCUCUCUUGAGAAUGUCCUGAAGCCUCCAAGGGUUAGGGUUCCUGCUCACUGCACCAAAUGCAAACUCAGGGGCCUGGCCUCUGAGACCAGGUAGCUAGGACGCAAUUCUAAAAGUAGACUCCACACUGCCUCCUCAUUUUCAGAGGACUUCAAUCCACUGCAGCCCAGGUCCCAUCCAUUUGUCUUCACCCACGUCCCUCCUCCUCUGUCAGCCCGGGGGAGAAGGAGAGAAGAGACCAACUCAGAUCCCAGCUCUGAGACCUGUACACUGGGGAGGCUGGAGCCAGCAGGGCUCCAGUCCUCUCCAUACAGAAAGGGGACAGGGUGCCUUCUUCCGCUCUCCCUGGACCUGGCACUGUUGCCCUGCCUCCGAGUAGGCGCAGGUGGAGUGGGACAUAGCCGGACAAGAGACCCGUUCCUACAGCAGCACUCCACACCAGAACUCCAGAGCUGAAUCCAUCUCCCUGCUGUGAAUGCAUGGGAGACCCAGGCUAAGAGUGCAGCUCUCUCCCCCACCCCCACCUUGCAAGCAUCUGGACGGCCUCCAUGCCUGCAUUCACUGGCUCGUGUCUAGUCUUACAGUGAGAAUUCCAGGAUAGUGUAGCUCUGUAACUUGCUUUAAAAAAAGACCACGUUGGAUUCCAAACAGCUCUCUUCGUGUGUAGACCGUAGUAACCGUUUCAGAUGCCGGCCUCACUGAGGAAGCUGCGGCCUGUGGCUCAUUGCAGCAUGUCUGAUAUGCCUUUGGCAGUCUGUGUGUUUGUUUCAAGGAUGACAGACAGACUGAGUCAUGUCCCUCACAGGCACUGCCAGCCUUUUGUCAUCGGCACAGAUGCUGUCAUCUACAAAGGUCACAGUUAAGAACCUCAAAACUGAGUUAGCAGUGGAGGCUGGGGAGUGGCUCAGUGGUUAACAGCCCCGGCUGCUGUCCCAGAGGACUGGGCUUGGAUUCCCAGCACCCCCAUGGUGGCUCACAGGGGUCUGUAACUCCGGUUCCAGGGGAUCCAACACCCUCUUCUGAUUUCUGAGGGCACCAGGCAUGCAGACUGUGAGCAGACAAACACGCAGGCAAAAUACCCUUACACAUAACAAGUUUUAAAAAUGGUUUUUCAAGAUAGGUUUUCUUUCUCUGUAGUCUUGGCUGUCCUGAAACUCUCUAUGUGGACCAGGCUGGCCUAGAACUCAAAGAAAUCCACCUGCCUCUGCCUCCUGAGUGCUGGGAUUACAGGUGUGCGCCAUCAUGCCAGGCUCAGUAAUAAAUUUUUUACUUUCAAAAGUAUCACAUAAAGUUUUAAGUAAAUUUGUAAUUUGGUGUUGGUUCGCAGUCACCUGUCCAGGGUCACAUGGGUAAACGCUCCACUGUGUCUGUUUCACUUGUUCUGUUGGUAAACAUUUGGUUUCCUUCCUGCUUUUAGCAAAUACAAAUCUCACCGCA